CGCCGGCGCAGUGCGUCGGUCACAGGAUAAUUACUGCGGUGAGAGCUUCGCUUUACUUAGGGUUGGCCCAAGAGAAGCAAGGAUGGUGCUGGACCUGGAUUUGUUUCGGGUGGAUAAAGGGGGGGACCCAGCACUUAUCCGAGAGACGCAGGAGAAGCGUUUCAAGGACCCGAGACUAGUGGACCAGCUGAUGAAAGCGGACAGCGAGUGGCGACGAUGCAGAUUUCGAGCAGACAACUUGAACAAGCUGAAGAACCUAUGCAGCAAGACAAUUGGAGAGAAAAUGAAGAAAAAGGAGCCAGUAGGAGACGAGGAGUCCAUUCCGGAGGAUGUACUGAACCUUGAUGACCUCUCAGCAGACACUUUAGCUAACCUGAAAGUCUCACAAAUCAAAAAAGUCCGGCUCCUUAUAGACGAUGCCAUUCUGAAGUGUGAUGCUGAGCGGAUCAAGCUGGAAGCAGAGAGGUUUGAAAACCUCCGGGAGAUUGGGAACCUUCUGCACCCCUCUGUGCCCAUCAGUAACGAUGAGGAUGCAGACAACAAAGUAGAGAGGAUUUGGGGUGACUGUACUGUCAGGAAGAAGUACUCUCACGUGGACCUCGUGGUGAUGGUAGACGGCUUUGAAGGCGAAAAGGGAGCUGUGGUGGCAGGGAGUCGAGGCUAUUUCCUAAAGGGGGUCCUGGUGUUCCUGGAACAGGCGCUUAUCCAAUAUGCCCUUCGCACCUUGAGAAGCCGAGGCUAUACCCCCAUCUAUACUCCCUUUUUCAUGAGGAAGGAGGUCAUGCAGGAAGUGGCACAGCUCAGCCAAUUUGAUGAAGAACUUUAUAAGGUGAUUGGCAAAGGCAGUGAGAAGGCUGAUGAUAACUCUUACGAUGAGAAAUAUCUGAUUGCCACCUCAGAGCAGCCCAUUGCUGCUCUCCACCGGGAUGAGUGGCUGCAUCCAGAGGAUCUGCCCAUCAAGUAUGCCGGUGUGUCCACCUGCUUCCGCCAGGAGGUGGGCUCCCAUGGCCGCGACACCCGUGGCAUCUUCCGAGUCCAUCAAUUUGAGAAGAUUGAACAGUUUGUCUACUCGUCACCUCAUGACAACAAGUCAUGGGAGAUGUUUGAUGAGAUGAUUGGCACCGCAGAGGAGUUCUACCAGUCUCUGGGGAUUCCCUACCACAUUGUGAAUAUCGUCUCAGGUUCUCUGAAUCAUGCUGCCAGUAAGAAGCUUGACCUGGAGGCUUGGUUUCCGGGCUCCGGAGCCUUCCGAGAGUUGGUUUCUUGUUCGAAUUGCACAGACUACCAGGCCCGCCGUCUCCGAAUCCGAUACGGGCAGACCAAGAAAAUGAUGGACAAGGUGGAGUUUGUUCACAUGCUCAAUGCUACAAUGUGUGCCACUACUCGCACCAUCUGUGCCAUCCUGGAGAACUACCAGACAGAGAAGGGCAUCACUGUGCCUGAGAAACUGAAGGAGUUCAUGCCGCCUGGUCUCCAAGAACUGAUCCCCUUUGUGAAGCCUGCGCCCAUUGACCAGGAGCCAUCAAAGAAACAGAAGAAGCAGCAUGAGGGCAGCAAAAAGAAAGUGGCAGCAGGAGAUACCGCCUUGGAAGGCCAGCUGCAGAACAUGGGGGUCACUGAUGCCUGAACAUCCCUUCCGGCCUGUUCUCCAGGCUUUCAUUUCUGUCAGCUGGGAUCUUCAAGGCUGCCCAAGGGCAGGGAAGCUCAGCACCCACUCAUCACCCUACCCCAUCUGACUGUGUAGCUCAGGGGAGCAGUCUGUGACAUACGUACAGAAGAUCUCCCGUGUCUUCACAUGGGCCUAGGAUUUCAUCAGGAUGACUGAUGGAGCCAUGUAAUAAAGCAUCACUGGGGAAGGCUUCUUACUCUGCCUUAGUCUUCUUCCCAGGGUUGUAGCCCUGCCUCUGACAAGUCUCCCUG